ACCUGUAUGACAGUAGACGUUCACCGGCUGCUCUCGUGUUUGUUUUAAAGUGGUUUUCUAGCGACUUCGCGGGUGUAGCAGCUACAAUCAUAUCGAAAGAGCAUUUGAGCUUGUUUCUGCAGCUAUACGGUGUUUGAUGAGAGAUUUACGGAAAAUAUGGGGCUGAUGUUUAGCUGAGGUGUUUUAGCAUGCGAGCUAAUAAUAUACACAAUGCUGAUUUAAUGUUGGCUUUCUGUCCGGAAAGUUUUGUGGAUCGGAAUAUCGGUAAAUAUACAGAGGCCAGUAGAAGACCGUGUGGACCAUACAUCAACAAGCAUGGAGUUCCCGCAACAGCAGAAACCGGCGGGGGACGGAAAGAUCAUUUAUCCUCCCGGAGUGAAGGAGAUUACGGACAAAAUUACCAACGAUGAAGUGGUCAAACGGUUAAAGAUGGUGGUGAAAACCUACAUGGACAUGGAUCAAGACUCUGAAGAGGAGAAGCAGCAGUAUCUCGCUCUGGCACUCCACCUCGCCUCGGAGUUCUUCCUCAGGAACCCCAAUAAAGACGUACGGUUACUGGUGGCCUGUUGUCUGGCUGACAUUUUCAGGAUCUAUGCUCCCGAGGCCCCCUACACCUCCCACGACAAACUCAAGGACAUCUUCCUGUUCAUCACCAGACAGCUGAAGGGACUGGAAGACACCAAGAGUCCCCAGUUCAACAGAUACUUCUACCUGCUGGAGAACCUGGCGUGGGUGAAGUCCUACAAUAUUUGCUUUGAACUGGAGGACUGUAACGAGAUCUUCAUCCAGCUUUUCAAAACGCUCUUCUCUGUUAUCAAUAACAGCCAUAACCAGAAGGUGCAGAUGCACAUGAUGGACCUGAUGAGUUCCAUCAUCAUGGAGGGCGAUGGAGUAACACAGGAACUGCUUGAUACGAUCCUCAUCAACCUCAUCCCUGCACACAAGAACCUGAACAAGCAGGCAUAUGAUCUUGCCAAGACGCUGCUGAAGAGGACCGUCCAGACCAUAGAGACAUGCAUCGCAAACUUCUUCAAUCAGGUUUUAGUGAUGGGAAAGUCAUCAGUCAGCGACCUGUCGGAGCACGUCUUUGAUCUCAUCCAGGAACUGUUUGCCAUUGACCCCAUGCUGCUUACCUCUGUCAUGCCACAGCUGGAGUUCAAACUUAAGAGCAAUGAUGGUGAGGAACGUCUAGCUGUUGUACGGCUGCUAGCUAAGUUGUUUGGGGCCAAAGACUCAGAGCUGGCCUCACAAAACAGACCACUGUGGCAGUGCUUCUUAGGACGGUUCAAUGACAUCCACGUUCCAGUCAGGCUAGAGUGUGUAAAGUUUGCCAGCCACUGCCUCAUGAACCACCCAGACCUGGCCAGAGACCUGACAGAGUAUCUGAAGGUGCGUUCCCAUGACCCAGAAGAAGCCAUCCGUCAUGAUGUCAUCGUCACCAUCAUUAAUGCUGGGAAGAAAGACCUCAACUUGGUCAACGACCAGCUCUUGGGCUUCGUACGGGAAAGGACCUUAGACAAGAGGUGGCGUGUGCGUAAGGAGGCCAUGAUGGGCUUAGCUCAGCUUUAUAAAAAAUACUGCCUGCACCAUGAGGCAGGGAAGGAGUCUGCCCAGAAGAUCACCUGGAUCAAGGACAAACUGCUGCACAUCUACUAUCAGAACAGCAUCGAUGACAAGUUGUUAGUAGAGAAGAUCUUCGCUCAGUACAUGGUCCCUCACAGUCUCGACACAGAGGAGAAGAUGAAGUGUCUGUACUACCUGUACGCGUGCCUGGACACAAAUGCUGUCAAGGCCCUGAAUGAGAUGUGGAAGUGCCAGAACAUGCUCAGAGGCCUCGUCAAAGAGCUACUGGACCUUCACAAGCUGCCAGUGUCUGAGGCCAACAACACAGCCAUGUUUGGGAAGCUGAUGAAUAUUGCCAAGAAUCUUCCGGACGCCGGUAAAGCCCAGGACUUCAUGAAGAAAUUCAACCAGGUUCUCGGAGAGGAUGAGAAGCUCAGAGUCCAGCUUGAGAUGCUCAUCAGCCCGACCUGCUCCUGUAAACAGGCUGAGAUCUGUGUGAGGGAGAUCACUCGGAAGUUGACGUUCCCCAAACAGCCCACCAACCCGUUCCUGGAGAUGGUUAAAUUCCUGCUGGAGCGCAUCGCCCCCGUCCACAUCGACUCUGAGGCCAUCAGUGCUCUGGUGAAGCUGCUUAACAAAUCAAUUGAAGGCACAGCUGACGACGACGAGGAGGGUGUUACCCCUGAUACAGCCAUCCGUUCUGGGCUGGAGCUACUCAAGGUCCUGUCAUUCACCCACCCCACAGCGUUCCACUCCGCAGAAACCUACGAGUCUCUGCUUCAGUGUUUGAAGAUGGAGGAUGAAAAAGUAGCUGAGGCAGCCAUCCAGAUAUUCAGAAACACAGGGCAGAAGAUCGAGACAGAGCUACAACAAAUAAGAUCGACUCUGAUUCCCAUCCUGCAUCAGAAAGCCAAGCGGGGAACACCUCACCAGGCCAAGCAGGCUGUUCACUGUAUCCAUGCCAUCUUUAACAACAAGGAAGUGCAGCUGGCUCAGAUUUUUGAGCCUCUUUCACGUAGUCUGAAUGCAGACGUACCAGAGCAGCUCAUCACUCCCCUCGUGUCUCUGGGCCACAUCUCCAUGCUGGCUCCGGAUCAGUUUGCGUCACCGAUGAAGUCUAUUGUGGCUAACUUCAUUGUCAAGGACCUGCUUAUGAAUGACAGAUCGGUGGGGAACAAGAAUGGCAAGCUGUGGACCACCGAUGAGGAAGUGUCACCUGAGGUUCUAGCUAAGGUGCAAGCCAUCAAGCUGCUGGUGCGUUGGUUAUUAGGAAUGAAAAACAACCAAUCAAAGUCAGCUAACUCCACCCUGCGGCUGCUGUCAGCAAUGCUGGUCAGCGAGGGAGACCUCACAGAGCAGAAGAAGAUCAGUAAGUCUGACAUGUCUCGUCUGAGGCUGGCCGCAGGUGGAGCCAUUAUGAAGUUGGCCCAGGAGCCCUGUUACCAUGACAUCAUCACACCUGAACAGUUCCAGCUCUGUGGCCUCGUUAUCAAUGAUGAGUGCUACCAGGUUCGUCAGAUCUUUGCUCAGAAGUUGCACUUGGCACUCGUCAAACUGAUGCUGCCCCUCGAGUACCUGGCUGUCUUCGCCCUGUGUGCCAAGGACCCAGUGAAGGAGCGCCGCGCCCACGCCCGACAGUGCCUCCUCAAAAACAUCUCCGUCCGCAGAGAGUACAUCAAACAAAACCCACUCGCUCAGGAAAAACUUGUCUCCCUCCUUCCUGAGUACGUUGUUCCCUAUAUGAUCCACCUGCUGGCCCAUGACCCAGACUUCACAAAACCCCAUGAAUAUGAACAGCUCAAAGACAUCAAAGAGUGCCUGUGGUUCAUGCUGGAGGUGCUGAUGACCAAGAAUGAGAACAAUAGUCAUGCCUUUCUUAGAAAGAUGGUCGAGAACAUCAAACAGACUAAGGAUGCACAGUGUCCUGAAGAUGCCAAGGCCAAUGAGAAGCUGUAUAUUGUCUGUGACGUCGCCCUCUUCGUCAUCGCCAACAAGAGCACUGCCUGUCACCUGGAUUCUCCGAAAGACCCUGUCCUUCCCACCAAGUUCUUCCUCAUACAGGACAAGGAAUUCAAAAAUGACAAAGAGUAUCUGUCGACAGAGAUGAGACAAAUGCUGCUCAGUGGAAAGCCUAAACCAGCACCAGUGUUGGCAGCUGUGAACAAGCCUCUGACAGUGCCAGGGAGGAGGAUCUUCACCAAGACCACCACAGCCUCAGAUACAGCCAGUAACACCAGCACCAACUCGUCCCCACUGAGCUCGUCAACCAUCAACAAGAACAGUAACAGCAAUGCUGCCACUGAGUCAUCAGAGAGUCGAGCGCAGGAAAACAACGAGAACCCGGUCAUCAAAAAUGACGAGGUCAAGAAGGAUGAGGCGAGUCAGAACGCGACCCCUGACGCCGAGACAGAAGCAUCGCCUGUCAAACGACGUGGCCGCCCGCCCAAAUCAGCUGCUGCUGCUCCUGCGGUGGCCGAAAAAGAGGGAGUAGCAGCACCAACGGGCGGUGGAGCCGGCAGAGGCAGGAAGAGAGCAGCUGACUCCAACCCAUCAGCAGAGUCAGUGAACAGCAAGGUGUCAAAACAGCAGCAGAAUGAUGAAGGGACAAAGAGACAGAUUGACUUGCAGAGGGAGAAUAAAAAAGUGAUGAAGUGGGAGUCUGAAGAGGAGACAGGGAGAGCUGUAGGGACAGGUGCCCUCAUCCUGGGCAGCGAGGGGGAUACUGAGAUAGAGCUGGAGUCCAGCCCAGAGGAGGUUCCUUCUGGCAGGCAGGGAGACUCCAACAGUGGAGACAAGUCAGGCUGGUUGGCAGUAAAAAGGAAAGUGGUGAAGGUGAAGUCAAGACUGUAAAGAAAUGGGCCAGAUUCUUCCGUAUACCUUCCCAACCCUCCGCACACCGCUCCUGUGACUCUAAAGCUUUCCUGGACACAUUAUGGACCUUUCUUAAAACACACAUGUACACAUACACACAAACACACACACACACACACCACUGACAUCUUAGAAGGUUUUAAAUACCUUUAUAGUCAUAAUUUGAAGCUCAUUGUAUGUAGGUCUUACUCAAAAAAACAUGUUAUUUUUUUCCUUUGUGUUUGUUGCUCUUUGCUUCUUUUGUGGAGCCAUUUUUAAGAAAAAAAACAGGAUGGACAUUUUACAAACGUUUUAAUCUGGUUAUGAUUGUUGCUUAUUAAAUUCCCUGGGAAAAAUCCUA